CCGCAGGAGCCCGCCAUGACCCUGGACGGCGCCCCCCUGCGCCGGGCGGCGGGCCUGCAGCCGCAGCAGCGCUGGAGCGUCCCCGCCGACGGGGCCCUGGAGGUGCAGCCGCUGGAGGCGCCGCCGGAGCCGCCGCCCCGCGCGCCCGCCGCGCCCGCGCCCGCCCCCGGGGCGCCCGGCCGCCGCAGCUGGUCCUCCGGCUCCGCCGACUCGGCGCUGUCCUCCGAGCCCGAGGCCGCCGGCCUCCGCGUGGUGCUCCUGGGCGCGCCCGGCGCCGGCAAGUCCACGCUGGCCGGCAUCUUCGCGGGCGUGGACGGCGCCGACAGCGACUGCGAGGUGCUGGCAGAAGAUACGUACGAGCGGACACUGGUUGUCGAUGGGGAAAGCACGACCAUCAUACUCCUGGACAUGUGGGAAAACAAGGGGGAGAAUGAGUGGCUCCAGGACCACUGCAUGCAGGUCGGGGACGCCUACCUGAUCGUCUACUCCAUCACAGACCGAGCCAGCUUUGAGAAGGCCUCCGAGCUGCGCAUCCAGCUCCGCCGGGCCCGGCAGACGGAGGACAUUCCUAUCAUCUUGGUUGGCAACAAAAGCGACCUGGUGCGGUGCCGGGAGGUGUCUACUUCAGGUCUCCUGCUUCCAGGAAGAGGCUCCUUUGCUUCUGAGGAUGCCCUGGGAGGACACGUGUGUGUCCGAGGGGCUUCCCGCGCUCCCUGCAUGUACGACCAACUCAGAGUUACUAAGGCAGGGCCUGCGCCGUGGUGUUCGACUGCAAGUUCAUCGAGACGUCGGCGGCCGUGCAGCACAACGUGCAGGAGCUGUUCGAGGGCAUCGUGCGGCAGGUCCGCCUCCGCAGGGACAGCAAGGAGAAGAACGAGCGGCGGCUGGCCCUCCAGAAGCGGAGGGAGAGCAUCCCCAGGAAGGCCAGGCGCUUCUGGGGCAAGAUCGUGGCCAAAAACAAGAGCAUGGCCUUCAAGCUCAAGUCCAAGUCCUGCCACGACCUCUCUGUGCUCUAGGCACCCCGAGCCACCCCGAUGUCCCCCUCGGGGCCAUCGCUGAAGGCCAUUGGGACCGGUAAUCUACAUUAGAUUGAAUCCUUAACUAUCGUUAGAUAUGGUCUCCCCUCCUGCAGCUGGGAGUGUACGUGUGAGCCUGAGGGGCCACGGAAUGCACGGGAAAGGGGAGGUCUUCGUGAAGAGCCGCCGUGUAUUGACAGGAAACGCCUGGCCUUGCGACUUGAACGCCCAACACACCUGAGAGGAUGUGUUUGGUGUCCACAUGCGUUGCCUCUUUCCCAUGGGUAGUAGGGAAUCGAAGCCUUAAAAGAACGCCUAGAAAAAUAACAUUUCAUUAUUACAAACUUCCCCAGGCUUCUGCUAUUUGAAUUUGAGGCCACGGCGUCAUAAUCAGAAGAGGGUUUAUUCCGGGAGGAGGUUCCUUGUGUCUGUGCAGCUAGGACGGUGGACUGAGGUCCUGGUGACUGUUCUGGCUCCAUCAGAGUGGUGGCAGGAAUCGGUGGGCCUGCUGGGAACCAAACCUCGCAAACGGUGUUUGCUCAGCGCUCACAGCUGGGGAUCCCAGAACUUGUAGAACUGAGGACUGCCACAUGUACCGCUAUGGGGUUUCAAAAAUUAUUUCUUCACUUCGGUGUCUUACCAUUUUUUAUUCAGGGCAGUUUAUUUCCAUCCAAUGAACUUAGCCCAGCCACCUUUUACGUUGCAUUAUUUUUACCAUGGUGAGGCCAUCACAAAAGUGCUUUUGAAAUCUGAAUGAUUGAUCAUCGGGAGUGCCAAGUACCACAUUUUUACAAUGCUAUUAUCAAAGGCCCGAAUUUUUAUGACGCAAAAACAUAAAUACUUCGGGCACUUUGCGUUGACUCUUGUAUCCCACAGCUCUGCUCUAUUUAUUGUUAUUUUGCAAAAAUAAUAACCAUUUUAACAUUUGAUAAAGCAUAUUUAUGACAUGUUUCUUAAUAAGAAAAAUGUCCGUUUUAUUAUCAUUUUAUAUCUUUUCUAGAAUAUACAAGUGUUUACCUAUAUAUCUUAUAAUAAAAGAAAUAAAAAUCUU